AUGGGCGGGAUGAGGCUUCCCAUCGGGAUGACCCGACGAGCCCUCAGCUAUGACGAUAACCUGGAGGCCCCCAUGUCUACGCCCCCCCACGACAUCAGCAUCAACAACCUGUGGAGACGACCCAUCAUCCCGGAAAGGAAGUUCGCACACCUGGCUGAGGAGGAUGACAAUGAAGCAUUGGGUCAGUCUACAGUGCCGGACAGCGCCCCCUGCAGGUCAUCAGGCGUAGUGAAAACCAAGGCAUCCUCCAUCAUCAUGAAUUCCCUCAUCACCAAGCAGACCCAGGAUAGUAUGUACAAGUUUGAGCAGAGGGCGGGGCUUACCGACACCAGCUACACGCCCCACAAAGGCCUCACCGCUGAGGAGACGAGGCACCACCACCGCAUGCCCGAAUCCCUCCAGAAACUACAGAUCCAGAGCAUGGAGGCCAAAGAAGAGCGGCAGAACUCCUCCGCCCAGUCCACUCCAUCCAGCACACCACACAGCUCCCCAAGACAACAGCGCAGGUCCUGGUUCGGUAGCACGGGUUCAGAGGUCAGCAUUAGCUCCUCCAACAGCAGCGUGGACAUGGGAGGAGCAGACGUUGCAGCAGGAGGGAUAGGCGGUGCGGUUGAAAAGUGGAGCGUGUUCACUCCUCGGCCACAAGUCCAGAAGUCGACCUCCGACCUAGGAUCGGACCCUACAUCUGCAGCAGGCUUUGCACUGCAGGCGUACCGCGGCGCCCAGAAGCCGACCCCCAUGGAGGUGAUGAAGUCACAGGCCACGCGGCUCACUGACAACGUUGGCGCUCAGAAGGUGGCCCCUCCCAAAUUGGAGAUUCCCACAGUGGAAGGUCGGCGGCAGGGAGCGCGGCCACACAAGCUCAAACCCAGAGACAUGAACGUCCUGACGCCCUCUGGCUUCUAAGACGACGCAUGAUCAUCUGUCAGAGCUGCACGUCGCUCAGACGCUAAAGGUCCCGUGAAAUGAAAACCUCUGCAAGUGCACCUCAUUCACUUUUAGGUCAAAGUCAUUCCAUCUUCAGUUGUUUUCACGUGGUAGCAUUUCCGACCAGUUUCCAUCCUGUGAUGUGAUCCUAGGUUUUGGGGCAAGUUGGCCGACCCCUCCAAGUAUGAAUCCUGGUCAAAGGUCUGUUUUAUUACAACUUCAAACUACAAUAUGUCUUAUUAUUGUUAGAUCGACGUAAUUUGAAUCAGAAAACAAAGGCGAACAUUAAAAUUAUUACCCAUACUGACUUGGACUAAGCAUCUGUCACAGUUUACAGACGGAUUUGCUGCGUCAGGUGCGCUCACUUUCAACUUCACCUCUAAAUAGAAUGGUGGCUAAUCUGGCUCAACAGGUGGAAACGUGUGGAAACGUGUGAAAACUUGUCAAACCUCGUCAAACCUCAGCCGUGAAACCUCAAAACAAUUUCAUGGGACCUUUUAAAAGCAGCUUCAACAUUCAGAUAACCACUGUACUGUCAUAAAAAAAAAAAAUUGAAAAUUUCCCACCUGCACUGCUCUGAGACAUAUACUUUGUUGCUUGGCUGUAAAUCCAGACUUUUGAUAUUGUCUCUUAGCCCAUCAUUCUUUUAACUGUUACAUCUCGCUGCGUACCGCUGGCAUCUACAGGCUGGCACCAAGUUCAGAACUUCAGCGUGAGUCUACCCCCAGGUCCAGAUGACAAGGAGGGCUACUGUCCGAUUUUUUUUCUUUUCUGAACUUUGUCCAGCUGAAGGUGCAGAUGAUUGUGAUCCUCGUUUAAAAUGACCCCCUGUUAAUGCACUUUAUCACAACUCUUCCACUCGAUCUAUCCAACCCGACCCAAACCCCAGUUACACUGCCCUCCGGGAUGCAAAUAAUUGCACGAAAACAUCCUCUGCGUGAGUGUUACCAUCUUAUCUGUCUCUAAAAAACUUUUCAUUGGUAUUCCUAAAAAGGGGCAUUUCAGUAAGCAGGGUGGAGAGAAUUAAUCGAACCGAUUUGUUAAAUGUAGUUUAAUACGAAUCCAACCAACAGAACAAAAUAACUCCCCAAAAAAAUUGUAAAAAGUUUGACUCAGGAAAUUUCUGAAAUUUGGCAGGCUCCUGCUCACUGUAACGUUCCACUUGUUGGUUUUGUGUUAGUUAUUUUUAAGAUGUUUUAAUGUAUAGAAUAAGAUUUUUUUUAUCUGCUACUGUAGCAACAGAUUUUGUUUCAUUUGGAUUAGAAGGAAAAAAAAGUGCCCACCUGGUGUGUGUAUAUCUUUAAAAAAAAGAAAACAAAAAAACUGAGCUACGUGUGACUCGCACACUGACAGGACGCAGUGUUUCUGAGUCUUCUGAAGACUGGAGUCCAUCAAUACGGAUAAAGUUAAAUGAAGGGAAAGAAGAAGAGGGUUUAAAGCAUCUCUCAGCUUUUGGUGUGCCCAAUCUACAUGUCUGCCUCAGUUUUUUGUUUUGUUUUUUUUAACCAGCAAAUACGAAGGAUUCCGGUUUUUGUUGCGUUUCGGUGCUUAACCAAUGACUGAAGAGAGAGAGCUUGUGUGUACACUGACCUGAAGAGGUGAAAGAGCUUCUCACAUCACAGAGCAGAGAAAGACUGAGGGGAACAAAAUGUCGCCUUACAAUAACAGGAAAUAACUGAAAUACCCGGUUUUAUUUUAGAAACUGCAGUGAGUUUUCAGUGAUUUUGUCCCGCUACUGAGGUGUCAAACAUUUCUGCAGUGCUAGCUUUGAAGCUAAUAAUUGUUUUUAUAUGCAAGGUUUCUGCAAGGUGGCGUGUUUGAGGCUUCAUAGAGCUUAAAGAGUGCCGUGGUUCACUUGUUAAACGAAAUUGUAGCUCGUGGCUCAUAGUUAGAUAUUAUUUUUGCACUUUUAUUAUUAAGCGGAAGCAGUCUAUUUGCUGGUAAUGCCGUACAUUCCACGUGUAAUCUGACCCAGCAGUGGAAGAGCUUCUCUGUUAAAUGAAGUGAAAAUUUCCAGUCCAAGUCAUUUUCCACUUGUAACCCUGCCGUGGUGUUAGUCAGAUGUUGUUUCCCUUUCAUCCCGUGUGAACAAUCCUAAAGCUGGACACAGAACAAAACCCACUCAGCUGCCAGCCGCUGUAAAUAUUAAAUGAAUAUUUACUUCUUUGCUCAGUUACAUUUUAUGUUACAUAGUUUGUGUUCACAAUUGCUUUGUGUUUAAAGUGUUACGCUGUUCCCUUUAAAUCUCUUCCUGACUGAAGCACCACGUCUGAAUUUCCUCUGUGAUAGUGUGACUCUGUAGUACAGACUGACUGUAUUUACUAAUAACAGAAUUACUGUAUGUUUCUGUUCAUCUGUUCAGUAUAUUUCCAGUUGAUUGAGAGACAUUUUCCUUCAUUUGUACAGUCUCUAUACAGUUGGGCCAAAAGAGUUUGGAAUUUGAAAAUAAAUGUUACAUUCCCAUCAUAGAAACAAGAGUAAGUGCUUCAUUACUUCUGGUAGGAAAAAAGUCUUUUUAGCCACAGAUUUUGCAUGGCAUCUCCACUGUUGAACAGUUAAAGCAGAACAGCUAAACUGUUUAUUGUCCUAUAAAUAUUCCCUGUUGAUCUGUAGUAAUAUAUUUCAGCCUCUAGAGAGCCUCAGUUCACCAUCCAGGACCAACAGUUCUUAUCUUAUCUUGAUUCAUUAUAGCAGGCAAUUAGGAAUAAAGACCAAAAUCUGGUAUAUCUUAAACAAAUGAGCUGACUGUGUUUGUGUAAACAAACCUGUUUCCACAAUGAAAGGUGUCUAUUGUCUUUGUGGCAGCAUCUGAUUGGAUGAAAUUCGCUUGUUGCUCCUCCGUCAUCAGUCAUCAAGAGGAGCUUCCCGUCAGUCCUGUCCUCCACAUCCCGAGCAGUCACAUUUAACAGAAUUUUUUUUUUUUUUUUAAAAAGGACAAACAAAAUUGAAAUCAAUCAGAUUGUAUCUCUAAGCAUGAGUUACCCAGCAGACCUCAGUGGUUGCCAAGUAAAGCAGAUAAUCUAAUUUUCUCAGUUUGCAUCUCAGAAGUACACUGAAAAGAUUUACUGAUUAAAUUAUGUGUGGCAAAUGGAGUUGGUGCUUUUUUUUUUUUCUCAUUUUCUUGGAAAAAUGGCUUCAUGCAGAGUGAACAGGAAGUGUGGUAUCUUUGUUUAUUAUUAUAGCAUGAGAACUAGUAUAACUUGUCCGGUAGCCAGUGGGAAAACAUCCCGUUGAUUCAGAGAUUUUCAUCUUAAAGUAAAUCAGAUGGCUCCAAAAUGCCAACUCAUUUGAUGUAUGAACGUCCUGUGCAUCAAGUUGAUUGGGAUUGAUUUUUUUUUUUUUUUAAAUAAGUCCUCCAUUUAUCAGGACAAAGACAACACAGUUUGAUCCCGUGUUCUCUUCACAGCCAGAAGUCAGAAAUUCCCACAGACUUUGGUCCUGAGCUGUGAAAAACCAAAGAACCAUGGACAUUCAGAUUUUCCAAACAUAAAGUGUGCUCCGUCUUAUAUUAUCUGAGCGCUUAGUACAUGUAAGAACUGCUAGAUCACUUGCAGAAAAUGAAAUGUUGGUGUAUUUUGAGG